CGAGUCGCGGGGUACGCAUCGCCUGGGUCAGGUGCGGCGCCUUCGUGGCGGACUCAUUGUUGCCGAAAUUGUCAAGACUGUGCCGCUUCCAUUGUUGUACGGCGGCGUGUUUAGGGGGUGCAACUGUUCGUCAGGCCGCCGUAGGGGAGUGAUUUUCCGAGUGCGUUUCGAGCGGUUGCUAUGUGAAGAGGUGUGGCGAGCCGCUUCUGCUUGUGACCCAUGGCGGACACUGCUGCUCCCGUGCUGUGCGGACCCAUGUCGGCGUACACGCAGUUCGGCUACUCGUACCCUGCGGCGUCGCAGGUAGGGCCGGCCUACUGCCAUCCAGCUCUGCUGGUGGCGGGCCAGCCCACGACAGCGACGUCGCCGCCGCUGGGCUCCGGGGGCGGCAGCUCCGGCGUGGGGGCGGGCGCCGUGUCGCCCGGGGGCGGCGGAGGCGGCGCGGGCGGCGUGGGCGUGGCGGUGUCGUCGUGCUGCGAGAGCGGCCGGCCGCUGGUGACGGACCCGGUGUCUGGCCAGAGCGUGUGCUCGUGCCAGUACGACUCCGCGCGCCUCGCGCUCUCGUCGUACCCGCGCCUGUCGUCGUACGGCGCGCCCUACCCGUCCACCGACCAGAACCCCUACCCCAGCAUCGGCGUCGACAGCUCCGCCUUCUACUCGCCUCUCAGCAACCCGUACGCGCUGAAGGACAGCGGCUCGGCGGCGGCAGACAUGGGCGCGUGGACGAGCGCCGGCCUGCAGCCCACCACCGGCUACUACCCGUACGACCCCACGCUCGCCGCCUACGGAUACGGCGCGGGCUACGACCUGGCGGCGCGGCGGAAGAACGCGACACGCGAGUCGACGGCGACGCUCAAGGCUUGGCUAAACGAGCACAAGAAGAACCCGUACCCCACCAAGGGCGAGAAGAUCAUGCUGGCCAUCAUCACCAAGAUGACGCUGACGCAGGUGUCCACGUGGUUCGCGAACGCGCGUCGCCGCCUCAAGAAGGAGAACAAGAUGACGUGGGAACCCAAGAACAAGACGGACGACGACGAUGACGCCAUCGUAUCGGACGGCGACGACAAGGAUAAGGACGACCUGCUGCUCGACGACAAGCUCAAGGACUCGCGGAGUUCAGACAAAGACGGGCUGCACCACGUGAAGGCGGAGCACGCGCUCGACGAGGACGACGAGCUGGACGAGCGACGCCACCACCACGCGCACCAGCAGCACCACGCACACCAGCACCUGCUGCACGGCCACCACGGCCUCCUCAAGGACGAGCUGUCCAAGGACUGCGGCGUGCCGCUGCCCGCCACCAAGCCCAAGAUCUGGUCGCUGGCCGACACGGCCGCCUGCAAGACGCCGCCGCCCGCGGCGCAGCAGCCGUGGCUGGUGCCCGCCACCGCCCCCGUCGGCGCCAUCAACAGCUUCGCGCUGCCCUCGCCGGCCUCCUCCGCCGGCGCCGCCGCCCCCUACUCGCGCUACGGCGGCCUCAUCACGGCGCCGUACGGCGGGGGUGGCGGGGGCGGCGGCGGCGGAGGGGGUGGAGGCAGCUCGUCCGGCUUCCCCGAGGUGCAGACUGACACGCCGCCCCAGACGCCACCUAACAUGAAGCUGCCCAGCGUCGCAGUGACGGGCAACCUGCUGGCGCCUUCGUCGGGCUCGUCGUGCUUCGGCGGAGGUGGGGGCGGCGGUGGCGUGGGCGGCAUGGGACUGGGCGGCGUGGGCGGCAUGGGCGCGUCGUCGAGCGGCUACGGCAGCCACCACGGGAACGCCGCCUUCCUGGGCGGCUUCUCGCGGCUGCAGCAGAGCCAGGCGCAGCAGCAGCCGCAGUCGCAGUCCCCGCACAAGGAGCAGCGCGGCCUGGCCGCCAUGGCCGGCGUCAAGGAGCCGGCCUACCCCCAGCAGCAGCCGCCGCCGCAGCAGCACCCGCAGCACCACCCGGCCAUGAUGGCCGCCGGCGUCGGCGUCGGCGUGGGCGUCAGAUGCUGUGUGAUUGUAAAAAGUAACCUGUGGGUCUGUGGGAAGACUUAA